AUGCGGGGACCAUGCCGCCAAAUACGAAGCCAGCGCGUUGAAACAACGGCCAGCUCAAUCAAGGAAGAAGAGUUGGACUCGCCAUCCUACCCUGGCCUGCACACGGUGUACCGAAAAGAAAUUGUUACCGGUACCGUCGAAUCCGAGGACCCCGAGCUGCAGAAGAAGUUCGGCCUCGGGGUUCAUGCGGCGGGCUGGCGAGCCAGCGAGCGAGGCUGCACCAGGCUGCUGCAGUGGAUGACGGAGGAGGAAGCUGUUGCUGCUUACGUCAAAGUGGAUGUGGAGAGUUCAGUAAGCUCUUCCCUGGUCCAGGCACCGAUUGGCUUGAAGGAGGACGAGCUCACAGCAUAUCUCACAGAGCUGAAGGUUGAUGUGAGCCAGUACGGUCGCCAAGGCGCUAAGACGAUCAAACAGUUAUCCGACGAGCUCAUUAAGGGCGAGGUUCAAGUGGGCAGGGACAAGAAUGGAGUCCCGGCAGUUGUCUCUGAGGUGGUGAACCUCUGCAUCCACGAUCCCAUGCGUGGCGAGAUGCUGUGUCAGUACAAGCAGCUUGGCUCCGGCGACUGCGCCUAUGAGCACCUCUCCCUGCCAUGCACGACGCGGCGGCCAGACGAAAACGAGUUUCUUGUUGCGAAGCGCAUCUUGAAGAGACGCCUUCGCAUCAAUCCAAAUACGGUAAUCCUGGAGACGAAGGUUCGACGACUUCAAGAGGAGCGCUCCACAAACGCUUACCCUGGCCUGAUCUUCGUCGAGCGAGAGCUUGUGAUCACUGCCAACCUGGACCCACAAUUUGCUGACAGUUUCGUUUUAUGGGGUGCAUGCCGAGCAAUGGAAGAGGACGGUGCAAACACAGCGCUGCUCACCUCUUUGAAUGCUGCUCUCCGGGCGCUGCCGGAACAGCCACCUCCAGCGGCAGAUCGCCUGGCGCUGGAGGUAGCUGGGGACUGCUUCGUGCUUAGCCGCGGAGCUGGAGGCUGCCAAGUUGUUCGCCAGCCACCCGGUCAGCGCAAAGACUGCGUUAUCACAGCACGCUCGGCUGCUGAUCUUUGGGCAGUUGCCCGUGGCAGCUCAAGUCCACAGGCGGCUUUCGCGCAAGGGAAGAUCUCCGUGCGAGGCGGCUUCUCGCCCCUCCUGGAGCUGCGCCCUUUCAUCGCAGAGCUGCGGGGAAAGAUACCAGUCACCGACCUCAUGCCAGGUGGAACAUGGCUACCCGAUUCCGCCGCAGAUGCAUGUAUGGCGUGUGACGCAGUCUUCACGUUGUUCAGGCGUCGCCAUCACUGCCGCAGCUGUGGAAAGCUCUUCUGUGACCGCUGCAGCCCUUGGCGUGCAGGCCCUGCAGCACGGCAGUGCGACGAGUGCUUUCGCGCGAAGACAGUGAUCUCCGAGGGUGCGAAGAAGGACCAGGGCAUGGUCGCUGAGCAGAUGAGGCUAUUGGAAGUCCGACUGGAGGAAGUCGAAAGUGCAGCUGCUGCGCGCGAGGCGGAAGACUUUUUGGGCACCGCCAACGCAUUCCUGGGCCUUCUAGCUGCUGGUCUGCUGUUGGCUCUGGUGGCCCUGGGCGCAGAAAGGAACCAUCUGGCAGUUCUGCUGGCGCUUGUGGUGUCGAGCAGGUGUCUCUUCUUUCGGCAGCUGCGUGCCCUGUGGCUGUGCGUCCUUAUUCUUUGGAAGUACAAGCAGAGUGCUUGGGAAGCGAAGCGUUUGUGCGAAGAGGACGGCAAGAGGCUGCUAUCUGCGCGAUACAGGGUCCUGGCCUUCCUGGGGGCUCGGGGCCUCCGACAGCUCGGUGGCGUGUGGCCGAAAGUGGGCCAGUACCUCAGCACGCAAGGCGAUAAGUGGCCGGACGAAGUGCUUUCGGAGCUGCGAAAGCUCCGCGACGCAAUGCCCGCUGCGCCUGCGCACAUCACCCGGUGGACGAUCAAGGAAGAUCUGGGCCAGCCAGUCGAGAAGCUCUUCCGGAGCUUCGAGGAGCAGCCAAUCGCCAGUGCUUCCAUUGGCCAAGUGCACAAGGCAAUCCUCCAUGAUGGUCGUCUCGUGGCCGUGAAGGUUCAGCACCGCCAUGCUGCGAGACAAAUUCCGAUUGAUGUGGCCUACAUGCGCCUUCUGGCAAAUUUGGCUUGGUUGCUGACGAUGGGCGAGGUGGACUUGAUGCCAGUGGUUGUCGAGUGGCUGGGUGCCGUGCUGGAAGAGUUAGACUUCCAGAACGAAGCGAAGAACCAGAGCCGGGGCCGCUCGGAGCUCCAGGCAGCUGGCCUCGACAUCGUAGUGCCUGAAGUCUAUGAAUCCCUUUGCGGCCGGCGUGUGCUGGUCAUGGAAUUUGUCGAAGGCCACCAGGUGACUGCGGGCGACGCAUCGCUGUCAGCAGCGGAGCGCCUGGAGGUCAUGACAUCCCUGGUCCGAGCCUAUGCGCACGGACUUUUUGUAUCGGGCCACUUCAAUGGCGAUCCACACGCCGGCAAUCUCUUGGUGACGCGCAAAAAUGGCAAGGCUCAGUGUGUUCUUCUGGACUGGGGCCUGACGAAGGAGCUCACCAAUCAGCGCCGGCUCGCAGCUUGUAAGCUCAUCGUGGCCGUGGGCAUGAAGGACACCAACGGCAUUGUGGAAGCCUUCAGGGAGAUGGGAAUGAAUUUUUCUGCAAAUGCGGACCCGGAGCCCGAACUCCUUUUGACAAUCCUCCGGCACAUCAGCUUGAUUGAGCACAAGACGGAGUCGAGGAGGAUCGAGGCCAAAUUCGGCCAGACGAUGGAGAAGGCAAUCUCCCACAAAAUGGGGUUACACUCCAAGGUGGACAGCUACACCGGUGAUUUUUUCUUUAUCUUCCGUGUCGCCUCGCUGAUCAAGGGUUUGGCGACAGUGUUGGACAUCCGGGCUCAGUUCCUCGAGAUCUUCAUCGAAGUCAGUCGCGGCGUACUUGCGGGACCCCGCCCUCGACCAGCCCCGCCAUUGGCCGUGCACAGCAAUACAGAGGCACGCCUUGCCCGCGAAGCGCAGCGAGCGCUGCAAAGCGGGGCCGUAGGCAUCCAAAUUGCCAGAGUCAGCCGCGAUGGCUCCACGAUUCUCAACUUAGCAUUCGGCCACGUCGCUUACACCUCCUGGCAGCCACUCCAUCCAACUGAUGCCUUUCCGCUUCACGGCACGGCUUUCAUGGCGACCUUGGUCACGGCUUCUACUGCCCAUGCGCUGCGGCAGAAAGGUAUCUCGCUGUCUGCGCCCGUGGCAUCCCUUCUGUGGACAAAGUUCCCAGCACCAUCGGGGACCACGGUGGGUGAAGUCGUGCGCGGUGCAGGACCUUGGAGUCAGGCACCAGCUGCGCCAAGCGCCAGGCGUUUGGCAGAUCUUCAGGAAAUGCUCAAGUGGCUAGAGACUGCGCCGCCUGCAAGUGGCUCGUGCCCUUCCUGGUGGCCAGCCACCGCUCAUGCCACGGUCUGUGCGGCAUUGCUUCGCAAGGUCGGAAGGACACCUAGUGACGCCUUGCAGUCCUUCUUCUCGCAGGCAUCGCGCCCCUUCUUCAAAGCUACGCAGUCUCCCAUUCAGAUCUCGAAGCCGAUCCUGAGUGUGGAAAGCGCAGAGGUUGAAGCCUCACAGGAUGCCCUGGUUGCGUCGCUCGGCGCCGAUGACAUGAGAUGCAUGCACCUUGCAGAUAUUUUCAUUCCUUCGAGCAGUAUGGCGCGCACCAUGGGAGUGGCAGUGCUGGCUGUGGCGGUGAUGUGCUUCAUGGGGAAGUUGGCCUUCACUCCCUCCCUGCCCGCAGGGUUUGGGCGGUCUGCGCAGUCGGGUGAGGCGGCGCAGCAGCGUAGCCUUACGCAGCGCCAAGCAGAUGGAUCCUACCUGAAGCCCUUCGGCCCGGCCGUGUCCUACGCCAAGGCGCUCCGGGAUGCCGGCCAGUCCAAGAGCGAGGACGCAGCCGUGAUGGCGGAUAUUCUGAAGAUCAAGGCCUUCUAUGAGGAUGAGGCCGUUUUCGAGGAUUUGAGCUUGGUCCAGAAUGACUUCAACCUUACCGAAGUCGAACGCGCCGACAAGAUCCUGGCCAUGGUGAAGCCUUUGAAGUCCACGGUGGUGCCAAAGUUCGUUCGCUUCAUUGCCAAGAAGAUGCGUCUUAAGGGAUUGAAGGCAAUCUGCCUCGAGUACGUCCAGAGCGCGUACUUCAAGGAGUCCGUCAGCCCAGUGAAGGUCACGUCUGCCGUACGUCUCACGGACGACCAGAAAAACAAGAUCAUUGAGAAGAUGAAGGUGAAGUGCGAGACGGACAGCAUCAAGCUGAUCGAGGAGAUUGAUGCCAACCUCAUCAGCGGCUUCAAGCUGGAGUGGGGCUACAUUGACCCUGUGAACCUGGACGCCCCCAGCCACGGCGUGGACCUCUCACUGCAGAACAUCCUCAACAAGAAGGCUCUCCAGGUGGGAGGCAUUGUGGUGGCCAUCGUGCUGCUCACAUGUGCAGAUGCGGAAUUGGCACCUCGCUUGGCGGAGUUGGCGUUGAAGCGCCAGCGCCAGCGUACCAUAUUGGUCGGCUUCGACUUUGACUGCACGCUGACAAUACGGCACUUCUACAAAGUGUUCGCUUGGUGCGUCCCGUACAGGACGGAGGCCCAUCCUCACUACGAGGCCUUCCUGGAUUGGUGCGAGGAGCACGAGCUUGACCUCGGCGAGGUGCAAUUCGCGACUGGGGUGGGUAGGGGUGUCGAGCCCGACGUCGUCCUGGCCUUGCUGGACAGGUCCGUCGGAGAAGACAAGCUGCACGAACUGUUGCGCGAGGUCUUCUUCGGCGGUGCAGAGCGCAUCAAUGCCAUAGCAAGUUGGCUGCAGCAGUUGAGUCGUGCUGGUGCCGAGUUCGCCAUCGUCACAGCUGGGAUCUCCACGUCAGUUCUGCGAGUGCUGAACGCCGUGCCGGAGUGGCAGCCGUUCUUCCCCAGCGACCGCAUUUGGGACGUGCAGCAAUCGCGGCAUUCUGUCCAGUCAGUUAGCACCAGCAAAGUGCUGCUGCUUCGAGACAUUAGUCCAAAGGCGUCGGGCAUUCUACUGGUGGAUGACUCGUUGCAGAAAGAUCCUCCGUUCGAAUGGGCAUGCAAGGGUGCCAAGGUGGCUGUGUUUGAUGGCCUGCCCUACGAGGGCCCCGGGCUGCAGGAGGAUCCGAUGCGUGCUAUCGAAGAGGAACUGGCGAAGUUCCCGUAA